AUGUCUUGGGAUUCUCUUUUGGACCGAUUGUCUGGGGUGAUUACGUUGUUAUCUGAAGUUCAAAUGGUAGCUGAAUGUGAUUUAGGUCCUCUGAGCGAAAUGUAUGGAAGGCGACUUCCAUACAUUAUUUCAUGGCCCCUGCUCAUAGUUACAUGUGCACCUAGUGCAUAUAUCGAUAAUCUUGCCACUAUAAUUAUUUUCCGUUUCCUAUCUGGAUGCUGCGCUGGCUGUGCUCUUAAUAACGGUGGUGGACUUUUGACAGACAUGUAUAUGGCAGACAAACGAGCGCAAGGGAUUGCAAUUGCAUUAUAUGCUGCAUCCGUUUUCGCCGGUCCUUGCGUUGCAUUACCAGUUGGGUUCUUCAUUACUGUAAAUUAUGGCCCAGAGCCGUGGGUUCUACGGGUAUAUUUGUUCUUUGUCGCAUCAAUGUUACCUGUUACCUUCCUUCUCCCGGAGACGCACGGUCCGACUAUCCUUGCAGACCGUUCGGAGAGGAUGAGGAGUAACGGCUUCAUAUAUGCACGUGCAGCACACGAGCUUGAACAACAGUCGACUAAGGAGUUUCUGCGACUCCAUAUUGGACGUCCAUUUUCAAUGUUUAUGAGGGAGCCGAUUAUCCAAGCUGCCGCAGUGUGGACAUCCCUUGCUUAUGGGAUAACCUACCUAUUUUUCGAAUUAUAUCCGGUUGUUUUCAUCAAACACUACAACUUCCCACUCAAACUCGCUGGACUACCAUUCCUUGCAAUGGUAGUCGGCUUCAUGGCGGCUAUCGUGUUGAAUCCGCCUCUUGUCCGGCUGUUCAUUCAUUUGCCCCUUCCUUCUGUCCUCCAGCCAGAAUUUGUACGACCAGACUCACCCGAAGCGAAGCUGAAGUUGUCGUUACUUGCCUGCGUCCUUAUGCCAGGUUCUUUGUUCUGGUUUGCAUGGACUAGUGGCGGAGGGGUACAUUGGAUUGUGCCCACACUAGCCGGCAUCCCUUUUGGGUUCGCAGCAAUGACAAUAUUCUUUGUAUUCUUAACAUAUACCGCCGAGACUUAUACAAUAUACACAAACAGCGCCAACGUGUGUAAUACGAUCUGCAGGUCUACGUUGGCUUCAAUCUUCCCGCUCGUGGCGAGUUCCUUGUUGAAGUCUCUUGGAACGAAAUGGGGUGUAUCACUGUUCGGCUUUCUUUCACUUGGGCUCAUCCCGAUUCCACUCAUCUUGUUACGCUACGGCGCAUCUAUCCGAACACAAUCGUACUACGCGCAGGAAGCGGCUACGGUUAUUGCACGGAUGCGCGAGGAAUCGGGUUUUGGAGGCACGGCGACAGUCCAAUUAACAUCACUGCCGUACAGGAGGGAAGAACGAGCCCGACGCGAAAUUCACGCUAGUCCAAGCAUGGCCUCAAUGCGGACAACGGUUACGAACAUGUCGGACACUGGGACUCUUGUUGGGGAACGUUUGAAAGCAGUCUCAGCUGCGCACUUUGGUCUUGCGCGUGGAGCAAUGGAUUCAACCGACACCUUUGACUUGAAAUGGAUGCCCGCAAAGAAGUGA